AUGUCCGGUUACGACUUUAAAAAAGAAGAAGAGGUCAAGGAGUUCGUUGAAAACCUCGGUAUCGAGUAUAGAUUUGGCUGCUACAAGGAAAAGAAGCCCGAAGUAUGUCAUCUCUUAGGCGAUUACUUGGAGGCGAUAAAAAAGGACUUUGGCAAAGCCGCGAAAGUGUAUAAAAGUAAUUGCAUGGACUAUAAUUAUGGUAAAUCAUGCUUGAAGUAUGGCAAUUACAAAUUGAUUGGGCGAGGAGGCGAUAAAAGUGACCCUGCGGAAGCGCUGAUUUACUUUGAGAAGGGUUGCGAAAAUAAUGACCCCACGUCCUGCCUUCAUGCAGGCUUACUGCUUACAGCGACCGGGCCUGAUAUAACAGUUCAACGAGAUGUACCCAAAGGCUACAAUUACUUAAAGAAAGCUUGCGAUAACAAGGAAGCAAUGGCUUGCCACUAUUUAUCAGGGAUGUACUUGUCCGGUGUCCCAAGAAACCCGAAAGAAUACAACCCUCACAAUCUAGAAAAGAAUAAAAAUAUAGAUUUCCUGAUAAAACCAGAUACUAAACAAGCGUUUACAUUUGCAAAGAGAGGCUGCGAUCUUGGACACAUAUAUGCCUGCGCUAAUAUUGGCAUAAUCGGCGGUUCAGGUUUUGACGAACCCGGCCUUUUUGAGAAUCCGGUAGAACGCGUUGUCACGACACCCUUCGGGAACCCCUCGGAUGUCUUACUGGAGGGGGUCAUAAAAGGCGUACCUUGCGUCAUACUGGCACGGCACGGAAGGAAACAUCAAUAUCAACCCAGCGACGUGAAUUAUCGUGCGAACAUUUGGGCGCUGAAGGAAGUGGGGUGCACACACGUGCUGGCGACUACGGCGACUGGCAGCCUGCACGAAAACUACGAACCUGGCUCACUUGUUAUCAUAGACGAUUUUAUCGACCGAACAUGGGGCCGAAAGUGCACGUUCUACGAUCGCACGGAGGGCGGUCCCAUGGGCGUCUGCCACUUGCCCAUGAGCCCGGCAUUCUGCGCAGUGGCACGGAAUGCACUGUCAACGGCGGCGCGAGCUCGUAAAUACUCUUGUCACCACAGCGGUACUGUUGUUACUAUACAGGGACCUAGGUUCUCCAGUCGUGCUGAGAGUCUGAUGCAUCGUCAAUGGGGUGGUCAUCUUGUUAAUAUGACUACAGUACCUGAGGUCGUUCUUGCUAAGGAGGCCGGUCUAAGUUACGCAGCGGUAGCUCUCGUCACGGACUACGAUUGUUGGAACGAGAAUGAGAAAUCAGUGUGUGUAAGCGAUGUACUAGAAGCGUUUGGAAAGAACGUAAAGAAAGCGGCCGAUGUCAUAAUAGAUGCUAUUCAGAUUAUCGCAGCAACUACGGACCAUUCUUACUUAGAUUCACAUAAGGAGUUGGUAGCGUCAUCAAUCAUGCUGAAGGAAUGA